CCACCUCCUCGUCGCCCUCCAUGUUCGCCACCCUCCGUCGCUCCUACGCGACCAUCAUCCCCGACCCCGUCGCCGCCGCCGCCCGAACCGCCUCCGCCCCCCUCGCCGUCCGUCUCCGUCGCUCUCGCAAACAACCCACCCCCUCCCCCACCGAAACCGACGCGCGCCCUUCCGGCCUCACACCCUCCGAAUUCGCGCGCUACACCCGUCUCAAAGCCAAAGGCGACCUCAUCCGGCUCGACGGCACCGAACCCACCGAAGAACAAUGGGCCGCGUCUCUCGUUCGACGGGCUCGUUUGCGCGGGUUGAAGCAUUCGAAGUACACGGAUGGGACGGAGGCGACGAGCGUGGUUGCGCAGAAGGUGUAUUUGCCGCAGAUUGUGUUGAGGAUGGUGAGGAAUCAUACGCCGGCGGGACAGGCUUAUAAUCCGUACGAGGCGACGUUUAGGAUGCCGCAGAGCGUGACGAAGACGGAUAUUAGGUCGUAUUUGCAUUCGGUUUAUGGCGUGAAGACGACGUAUAUCCGGACGGCGAAUUAUGUGUCGCCGUUGUAUACGGAUAGGUGGACGAGGAAGCAGGUGACGAGGCCGGAGAAGACGUAUAAGAGGGCGGUGGUGGGCUUGGUCGAGCCGUUCUACUAUCCGCAGGCGAAGGAGGAUAUGUCGGCGGAGGAGAGGGAGAAUAGGGAGGAGUGGUUGGAGCAGGCGUUGCACGUGCAGGAGGGCAAGGAUGCGGAGAAACGGAAUUUGUUGUUGAUGACGAGGUCCAGUGCUGGUGCUGGCGGCAGGUGGAGGGGCGACCUCACCGUCAAACGAAGCACGAUUCUGCAGACGAUCGCGGACAGACGGGCGCUCAGGGAAAAGUUGAUUGCAGAGACCAAAUCAAAAAUGCAGGAGAGCAGGAAGGGGACUGUGCGCUCCGCCGAGGCUUAGCUGCUUUUCUUUUUCGUCCUUCAUCCCCAUCCACAUACACUAUAUUCUUGCUCUGUCCAAUAAACCGUCUGCCUGGCUGUUUAUAUGGGCUCACAACCUAUCGUCUCAUGCUCUGGGCUUUUAUCGCCCUCUCACAUUCUUACCUCCGAUGCAAAACCUGUACAGUCUACCGGACUUUU